AUGUCAGGGUCCACUGGUUCUGCCGAGCCGAAGGCGUGUGAACGGGGCAGCACCGUCUCGCUCCGUCUCACUUCGGUAAACUCCCAAGUCCAGUUCAAAUGCGGCACGGCUGUCGCAAAACUUUAUCCAGAUGACGAUGGCGAACUGGCAUGUCUGAAUUCGGACUGUACUACAACCACGACCAUCAAGGACCUCGUAGCCCUCAAGAAACCGAACGGGAACUACGCGCUCACGCUGCAACAUGCCCCUCAAGAACCGCGUACCAUUUACUUCAACUGCUAUAAAGAGCCGGUCGUCGGGGUAUCAGGAGCAGAGGAACUUGGCCCCUCUGAGCCUACAGAAUUCUGCGUAGUACAGGUUUCUCUGUUGGCGGUAUUGAAGAAACCUUCGCAAGAAGUACGUAUAUGUAGCAAGGGUACCGAGACACUCUCCUUCGACAUCACGGAGACUUCAAAGAACGCGCUCUUCGCUUGUGGCGAGAACGGAACCCUGUCCCCACCGCUCCUUGAUCAUACAUUCAAGGAUCCGUCUUCUACAGAGCAGAGCCGUCUAAGUGACAUGCUCGAGACCGCGCAGCUUGUCGAAAGCGGAGGAACAGAGACUAGCCCGAUCUACACGUUUUCAGUAUCAAAAUUGCCAAAAGCCGUCACGAACGUGUAUUACAAGUGCAUAUAUGGUGAUGGCACUGGGGAGCAUAAGUCUGGCAAGCAUGAGUGCAAGGUGGCGUUGAAGGUUGACGCAGCGGCAUCCACCUCGUCGGACGGCACGUCAUGGGCAUCGCCGGAUAUGAAGGGACAGCAAUUUUUUGCAGGAGUCGUCGCUCUCUGUCUGUCUACUCUGGCUAGCCUGCAUGUGGUUUAG